AUGUCCAAUCCAGUUCAAGUCGAUGCACAGUUUCUUGACAGGCUGAUCCGCCUGGGAUCUUCUGCCUGUCAGGGCCUCAAAGUCUAUGGCGACAGCGACUUGAAUGACGCCGACAAGGCACGCUCUAUAGCUGCAGGACCAACCACACCCAGCUCGACAACAACAGCCGACACGUCAAAGCAAGGCGAGGCCAAGAAGGGCUUUGAACCGCAGCGGAAAUAUUACUUGGAGGGUCGCAUUAUCCACAAGCGAAAACUCUCCCGACGGCUGUUCUUUUUAGACGUCUCUUUGGUCCGUCGUCGGCACAAGAGUAGGCUUUCCGAGGACAUCACGGCUGAGCAAGAAGUUGCGGGCGGAUCUGAGGCGACUGCAGCGGAGGGUACCACGGAGAGUGACUGGGAGUACGUUGAGGCUCCUAUCGACGAUCCAACAGGAGACGGACAGCCACAGACCACACAGUAUCAGAGGCGUAUGGAAGUUAUUGCUCGGUUCCCGACACAUUCUCUUAAAGAGCUGGACGAUCUGUGGCGGAGGGUACAACUCGGCGCCGUGGUCAAGGUCUUUGGAGACAUUGAGAUUUCCGAAAAAAAGAAAUCAACGACGUCGAUGACUAAUCGAUGGUCGGCUUUGUUGCACUGUCUUGACUUUGAUAUCCUGGAACUCUGGCGUGGCAAGGAUGGAUUUGAGCCUAACCCGGGAUCGGCAGAGAUCUCGAACGGGGUUACUACUGGGCAGAAUGCAGCUGGAGGAGGAGGAGGAGGAGGAGGAGGAGGAGGAGGAGGAGGAGGAGGUAAGGCAUCAGGGAAGAAAAGGAAGAGCAGCGAGAUGUCGGAAGAUUCUUCAGCAUCGCAGCAGCAACAGAGAGGAGACGAUUCGCAACCGCAUUGCAAGUUCUGGCUCAACUCGGGAAAGUGCAGCAAAGAGGUGUGUGAGUUUUGGCAUGAGACUGAUCCGGUGAAACUCAAAGCUGAACGCAAGCGAUGGGUCAACGAGCGAAUCCAAGCGAAGAGACAAAUCUCACAUCAUGCCUCGGACCCGCACCAAAAAACAACCAAGAACCAACAUCGGGAACGAGCACUCUACUUUGCAAAGUGGCUGAUCGACACGUUCACACACCAGUGCUUGAACGCAGGCUCUGGAGUGCUUGAUAUUGCAGGAGGAAGAGGAGACCUGUCGUGGGAGCCGCAGACUCGGCAAGGGAUUCGGUCUACUGUAGUUGAGCCUCGUCCAGGCAAGGGGAUGCGGAAAUGGCAGCGCAAGUGGCUGGAAAAGUUCAAGGCGAACAGCAACGAAAUUGAUGGCAACGGCGGCUCGGAGGCAUCGGCGGUACAGGAAGAAGGCGAGUCUUCAGCAUCAACUCCAACAACCGUGGACGCCACCGAGGAGCAGGAGCCGGACGCCGACAAGCCUCUUGAUGGACUGGCCGACUUUAUCCCUACAGUGAAAACAAAACCCCUCCAGGCGACAGAACCCUCACGGAUACAAGCCAUGUUGGACAAUCAGUUCUUGGAAACCCACAAGGAUACAGUCAGCACUGCAUCGAUCAUCAUUGGACUCCAUCCAGAUCAGGCCACAGAACCUAUUGUGAGGGCGGCACUCAAGGCCGGGAAACCCUUCGCCAUCAUCCCCUGUUGUGUCUUUGGUCGUGACAACCCACAUCGCCGACUGCCCAAGGACCUCGAAACGGACGACAUUGUCAGCAGCAGUAGUAGUAGCAUCAACGAGGGCGUUGCAGGGGAGCAAGAUGAGGAAGACGGAGAUCCAUCGACUCGACCAGUGACUUCGUAUUCCGACUUUGUCACUUGGUUGGAGACACUCCAUCCGGACAUCAAGACUACCUGGCUCAACUUUGAGGGGAUGAACCGAGUCCUUUACUGGGAGGGUCCUUAUCGAUACUAA